AUGGAAAUUGUUGACGAAAUUAAGGAUUCCAUUGUUAACGAAACGGAUUUGAUUUUCUACUACAGAAGCCUGUGCCCAAUUAACGAUCUAUGCAAUUGGCUCAACUACAAGAAUGACAAUAAAGGAAAAAAUACCAUACUAAACGAUCCGCAUUUCUUUGCUAAAAGAGAAUUCUCCUUUACUUGUAAAAAAAAUGACCAAGGAAAAGAAGAAAUCUAUAUGAGAUGGCUGUCUUUUAACAACCCCGAAGAAUUCAAAGACAAGCUCCUUUCCAACUUUGUACCAAUCAAAUUUGAUAUAGGGGCAGUGUACAAUUACCCAGUUUCUCAAAAAGAUCAAAAGGGUGAUAUAUUUCAUCCCGUUCAAAAGGAGCUAAUAUUCGAUAUUGAUAUGAACGAUUAUGAUGACAUCAGAACGUGCUGCAAUGACAAGAAGGUUUGCAAAUUAUGCUGGAAAUUCUUAACCAUAGCAAUUGUACUUCUUGAUACAGCACUUAGAGAGGAUUUUGCUCUUCAGAAUAUUUUGUGGGUUUACUCUGGAAGAAGAGGAAUACACUGUUGGGUUUGUGAUGAAUCAUGUCGUCACUACACAACUGAUGCCAGAGCUGCAUUAGCAGACUACUUAAACAUAUUAUCUGGUUCGGAUACCCAAAAAAAGAAGGUCUCCAUAUGGGGAAAGGAGAAAUAUCCUAUGAUUGAGAGGGCCUUUGAAAUAUGCUACAAGUACUUCGAGAUCCUGAUGGAGGAACAGGACUUUUUCAAAAAGGGUUCCCCACAUGUAAAUAAGAUAAUUGAUUACUUACCCUACGCAUCGACGAAAAAUGUGGAUCCUGUAAAGAGUGCGAAAGUUAAUGAAUUCAGAGAAUUUAUUAACAAUAAUAAUUUCAAUUCGAAGGAGCUUUUCGAACAGCUGAGUUCAAUCUACGGCUUCUUAACCCCGAGUAACUAUUUUAAAAAAAAGGAUUAUAAUUCGAAUAUAAUUAUCCCAUCAUAUAUCAAAGAAUUAGUUUUUCAUUUCACGUACCCAAGACUUGAUAUUAAUGUUAGUAAAGAAAUUAAUCACUUGCUGAAAAGUCCAUUUUGCAUCCAUAAUGGCACAGGAAGAGUUUGCGUUCCACUGAACAUAAAAAAUAUAGAUAAUUUCAAUCCCCAGCUGGUCCCCACACUAAAAUUACUGAGGGAACAAUUUGAUGACCCCAAAAAUGCACACGUGGACCCAGAAUAUAGAACAUCCUUAAAAUCUUAUGUAGAUUACUUUCGCCAUAGUUUUUUGGAGAAUAUUUUGUUAUCAUGUGCGAACAAACGAAAAAGAAUAAGUGAAGGCCCAAAAUACAUUGAUUACAGACACAUAUGA